AUGUCUGAAAAUAGCAACAAAGAUAAUAAUAGUAGUAGUAGUAGUAGUAGUAGGAGUAGUGCUACUGUUGGUGAACAUCAAAAUGAUCAAGAUACCGAACCGAAACAAACAUCAUCAUCGUCAUCUUCAUCAUCUCUAUUCAAAAAAAAGAUAAAGAACAAACCUUCACUACGAAAGAAAGAUGGUGAUGAUGAAUCGUCAUUAACAAACGAUACAUCAUCAAUCGCAUCAGAGAAUGGAGAUGAUCAACAACAAGAUCUAUCAACCAUCAUAGAGAUCACCAAAGAAAGACAAAAGAUGAGAGAAAAAGGCAAAGGUAUCAUUGCAGGUGUAUUGGCUGAAGGUCCACACAUCAAAGCUCAUCUACGUGAACUCGAACAUAAAUUGGAUGAUUCUUUUACAAUUGCAACUGAAAAGAAUGAAACUAAUGUACAUUUAGAAAAGUUUCUUGCAAAAGAGAUGGAGAAAAAGAAAAUAGAAAUUAAACAUAAAUUAACAGGUGGUUUAAUGGGAACUACUGAACAUAGAAAAGAAGAAGAUGAUGAAAAUAAACAAACCAAAGAUAAUAAUGCGAAUAAUACAACAACAAAAAUCAAGACAGAUGAAGAUAGUUUAUAUGAAACACCAGAACAUUUGGCAGUUAAAAAGACAAGAAAAAAAGAAGAGGAUAAGACAAAUUGGUUGGCUGGUAUAUCUGAAGUCAGUCUACCAACAAGUUACAAGAUUAAAAAUAUUCAAGAAACUGAAGAUGCAAGAUCAAAAAUUAAAGAUUCAAAAAGAUCUCAUUAUCAAAAUAAUCAAAAUAAUAAUCAACAACAACAAAAUAACCAUGGACAACAACAUAGAUUUACAAGACAACCAAACGAAAAUAGAAAUGAAAAAGCAACAGAUGAUGAAGUUUAUGAAAGAUUCAAGAAAAGAUUUAGAGGUUAA